AUGUUUACUCACCUUCCAGUCUCCUGGCUAUCUGCUGCCGCUGUCGCUGUGCUUUUGCUCCUUGUCCUUUGUCUGUUCCGGGGUGAACAGCGUGCUCUUCCUCCUGGCCCAAAAGGCCUUCCUGUUCUGGGGAACGCCCAUCAGCUUCCUGUCUCGUUCUCCGAGCUUGAACGAACCUUGUUCAAAUGGUCCAAGCAAUACGGCGAUGUGGUGUUCUACAGGGUGUUCGGAACCAGGAUCAUCAUGCUGAACACCAUAGAGGUCGCGGCGGAGCUUUUGGACAAGCGCAGCGCCAACUACUCCGACCGACCUCGGAUGGUGAUGCAGAAUGAAAUGAUUGAGGCGAGCACUUUAGGCAGCCUCCCGUAUGGCGACCUGUACCGAAAGCACCGGCGGUGGAUGGCGGAUUUUAUGGGCAAGAAGUCCACGCUCGAGGGCUACCGACACAUCCAGCGCCGGGAGGUGCUGAACUUCAUGCAGAAUCUGUACCAGCAGCCAGAGAAGUUCACCGACCACGUCCACCUCUACCUCGCCUCCAUACUACUGGAGAUCGCGUACGGCAUGCCCGUCAAGUCCCUCGAUGACGAGCUGGUCCGCCUCGCCGAUCGCGCUAUAAUCGGCGCGAACGAAGCGGGGAGGCCGGGCGCUGUCCCCGUCGACUUCCUGCCGUGGCUACGGCACAUACCCGCGUGGACUCCAGGCAUACGCUUCAAGAAACACUCUCUGAUCGUCCGCGGCCAAAUUAGGGAAUGGCUGAACAAGGGCUACGACGCGGUCGUGUCUGCAAUGGCGGCGGGAACAGUAGCUCCGUGCAUCAUGACCACGGUGCUGGAAGAACACGGCGAGGCGCCCACGCCUGCUGAGGCGCAUGACAUCAAGUACGUUGCGUUCAAUGUCUAUGGAGCUGGAGUCGAGACGAGCCGCGGAACCCUGGCCGUGUUCUUCCUCGCCAUGGUAAGGAACACCGACGUGUACAAGAAAGCCCAAGAAGAGAUAGAUAGAGUCGUCGGCCGCGAGCGGCUUCCGGACUUCAGCGACCGCGAGUCGCUGCCAUAUCUCGAUGCGCUGCUAGAAGAGGUUUUCCGUUGGAAGCCCGCGUUGCCCUUGGGUGUACCCCACCGCAACACGGAGGACGACCGCUACCGCGAGUACGACAUCCCAGGAGGCUGCAUGGUGAUCCCCAACGUCUGGGCCAUGUCCCGCGAUACGCGCUACUACCCGGAGCCUGAGGAGUUCCGCCCCGAGCGCCACCUCGGCGGCGAGGCCAGCGGGAAGCUCCUCCCCAGCAGCUUCAUCUUCGGUUUCGGGCGCAGGGUCUGCCCAGGCCAAGCAUUUGCGUCCGCGAGCGUUUGGCUCGCUAUCGCGCACAUCAUUGCGCUCUUCGACGUCCGCAAGCCCGUGGACAGCGCGGGGCGCGAGGUCACGCCCCCUGCGGAGUUCGUUUCGGGUUAUACGAGCCGCCCAGCACCUUUCAUGUGCACGAUCGUGCCGCGCUCCAGGGAGGCCGUCGCGCUGCUGCAGGCACACAUCAGCGUAUGA